AUGAGUAGCUCCCUAGAAGGGGCUGAUGGGGGAGGGGACCCCAGGCCAGGAGAAUCCUUUUGUCCUGGAGGGGCGCCUUCCCCUGGGCCUCCGCAGCACAGGUCUUGCCCUGGCCCCAGCUUGGCUGAUGACACCGAUGCCAACAGCAAUGGCUCAAGUGGCAAUGAGUCCAACGGGCAUGAGUCCAGGGGUGCAUCUCAGCGGAGCUCACAUAGCUCCUCCUCAGGCAACGGCAAGGACUCCGCCCUGCUGGAGACCACUGAGAGCAGCAAGAGCACAAACUCUCAGAGCCCGUCCCCACCCAGCAGUUCCGUGGCCUAUAGCCUCCUAAGUGCCAGCUCAGAACAGGACAACCCAUCUACCAGUGGCUGCAGCAGCGAACAGUCGGCCCGCGCGAGGACCCAGAAGGAGCUCAUGACAGCGCUGCGGGAGCUCAAGCUCCGGCUUCCGCCAGAGCGCCGGGGCAAGGGCCGCUCCGGGACGCUGGCCACGCUGCAGUACGCACUGGCCUGUGUCAAGCAGGUGCAGGCCAACCAGGAGUACUACCAGCAGUGGAGCCUGGAGGAAGGUGAGGCAUGUGCCAUGGACAUGUCCACCUACACUCUGGAGGAGCUGGAGCACAUCACGUCCGAGUACACGCUUCGCAACCAGGAUACCUUCUCCGUGGCUGUCUCCUUCCUGACAGGCCGAAUCGUCUACAUUUCGGAGCAGGCAGGUAUCCUGCUGCACUGCAAGCAGGACGUGUUCCGGGGCGCCCGCUUCUCAGAGCUCCUGGCUCCCCAGGAUGUGGGCGUCUUCUAUGGUUCCACGGCCCCAUCUCGCCUGCCUACCUGGGGCGUGGGGGCUUCGGCAGCCCAGGAGGGGCCUGGGGGCCUGUGCUCACCUCUCUCCCGGUCUCUCCCAAAUUCAGGCGUCAAGGACUUCACCCAGGAGAAGUCUGUCUUCUGCCGUAUCAGAGGAGGUCCCGACAGGGACCCCGGGCCGCGGUACCAGCCAUUCCGCCUGACCCCAUACGUGACCAAAAUCCGGGUCUCAGAAGGGGCUCCCGCACAGCCCUGCUGCCUGCUCAUUGCAGAGCGAAUCCACUCGGGUUAUGAAGCUCCCCGGAUACCGCCUGACAAGAGGAUCUUCACCACACGGCACACGCCCAGCUGCCUCUUCCAGGAUGUGGAUGAAAGGGCUGCCCCACUGCUGGGCUACCUCCCCCAGGACCUCCUGGGGGCCCCAGUGCUCAUGUUCCUGCAUCCUGAGGACCGACCCCUCAUGCUGGCCAUCCACAAGAAGGUCCUGCAGCUGGCCGGCCAGCCCUUUGACCACUCUCCCAUUCGUUUCUGCGCACGUAACGGGGAGUAUGUUACCAUGGACACCAGCUGGGCUGGCUUCGUGCACCCCUGGAGCCGCAAGGUGGCCUUUGUGCUGGGCCGCCACAAAGUCCGCACGGCACCUCUGAAUGAGGACGUGUUCACUCCUCCAGCCCCCAGCCCCGCUCUUUCCCUGGACCCUGAUAUCCAGGAGCUGUCUGAGCAGAUCCACCGGCUGCUGUUACAGCCCGUGCACAGCCCCAGCCCCAUGGGGCUCUGCGGAGUCGGCCCUCUGGCUUCCCCAGGCCCUCUCUUCAGCCCUGGCUCGUCCAGUGACAGCAACGGGGGUGACGCCGAGGGGCCUGGGCCUCCUGCUCCGGUGACCUUCCAGCAGAUCUGUAAGGAUGUGCAUCUGGUGAAGCACCAGGGGCAGCAGCUGUUUAUCGAGUCCCGGGCUCGGCCUCUUCCCCGGCCCCGCUUCCCUGCUAUAGACACCGUCAAGGCCAGGACCCUUUCCUGCCAGUCCCCAGACCCAGAGCUGGAGGCAGACCCUGCUCUAGUCCCAGCCCCACCCGCUGCGGCCCCUGAGGAGGCUGAGCGGAAAGAAGCCUCCAGUUGCUCCUACCAGCAGAUUAACUGCCUGGACGGCAUCCUCAGGUACCUGGACAGCUGCAACAUCCCAGGCACGACCAAGCGCAAAUGUGCCUCCUCCUCCUCCUGCUCCACCUCCUCGGCCUCUGAUGAUGACAAGCAGAGGACAGGUCCAGCCUCUGUGGGGACCAAGAAAGAUCAGUCGGCAGUGCUGUCGGGGGAGGGGGCCCCCCCUCGGAAGGAGCCGGUGGUGGGAGGCGCCCUGAGCCCGCUCGCCCUGGCCAAUAAGGCGGAGAGCGUGGUGUCCGUCACCAGUCAGUGUAGCUUCAGCUCCACCAUCGUCCAUGUGGGAGACAAGAAGCCCCCGGAGUCGGACAUCGUCAUGAUGGAGGACCUGCCUGGCUUGGCUCCAUGCCCAGCCCCCACCCCCACAGCAGCCCCUGACCCAGUCCCAGAUGCCUACCGCCCCGUGGGCCUGACCAAGGCCCUGCUGUCCCUGCACACACAGAAGGAGGAGCAGGCCUUCCUCAGCCGCUUCGGGGAUCUCAGCCGCCGGCGAGGACUCAGUGGCUCCCCCGUGGCUCCCGCAGCCCCUGGAGAGCGAGGCUGCCACCAUGGCCGCACGCUCCCCAGCCGCCGAUACCACUGCCGGUCCAAAGCCAAGCGCUCACGGCACCACCAGACCCCUCGGGUGGAAGCCCCCUGCUGUGUCUCCCACCCCUCACCUGUCCCACCCUCCGCCCCUUGGCCCCCCCCACCAGCCGCUACUCCCUUCCCAGCUGUGGUACAGCCCUACCCCCUCCCAGUAUUCUCGCCCCGAGAGGGGCCCCAGCCUUUUUCCUCGGCCCCGGCAGCUUUCCCUGCCCCCCUGGUGACCCCAGUGGUAGCCUUGGUGCUCCCUAACUAUCUGUUCCCUACCCCCUCCAGCUAUCCCUAUGGGGUCCCUCAGGCUCCUGCCGAGGGUCCCCCUACCCCUGUGUCCCACUCCCCUUCUCCGUCCUUGCCCCCGCCAGCCCCCAGCCCUCCCCGCCGCCCAGACUCUCCACUCUUCAACUCGCGGUGCAGCUCCCCACUCCAGCUAAACCUGCUGCAGCUGGAGGAGGGCGCUGCCGCAGGGGGCCCCGGGAGCAGCGCUGGGCCCCUGCCUCCCAGUGAGGAGACUGCCGAGCCAGAGGCCAGACUGGUGGAGGUAACUGAGUCCUCCAAUCAGGACGCCCUUUCGGGCUCCAGUGACCUCCUGGAAUUGUUGCUGCAAGAAGACUCUCGCUCGGGCACAGGCUCCGCUGCCUCAGGCUCCUUGGGCUCGGGCUUGGGCUCUGGGUCUGGUUCAGGCUCCCACGAGGCGGGCAGCACCUCAGCCAGCAUCACACGAAGCAGUCAGAGUAGCCACACAAGCAAGUACUUUGGCAGCAUCGACUCUUCCGAAGCGGAGGCUGGGGCUGCCCGGGCCAAGGCUGAGCCGGGGGACCAGGUGAUUAAGUACGUGCUCCAGGAUCCCAUCUGGCUGCUCAUGGCCAACGCUGACCAGCGUGUCAUGAUGACCUACCAGGUGCCCUCCAGGGACAUGGCCUCGGUGCUGAGGCAGGACCGGGAGCGGCUCCGGGCCAUGCAGAAGCAGCAGCCUCGGUUCUCGGAGGACCAGCGGAGGGAGCUGGGUGCCGUGCACUCCUGGGUCCGGGAGGGCCAGCUGCCUCGGGUCCUUGAUGUGAUGGCCUGUGUGGACUGCGGAAGUAACACCCAAGACCUUGGCCACCCUGAAGACCCACUAUUCUCAGGACUGGAUGGAUUGGGGCUGGAGCCCAUGGAAGAGGGUGGAGGCGAAGGUGGCGGAGGCAGUUGUGAGGAUGAGGGCAGAGAGGAGGCCCAGGCCCAAGCUGGGGCUGGGGCCUCAAGCUCUCAGGACCAGGCCAUGGAGGAGGAGGAACAAGGGGGGAGCUCAUCCAGCCCAGCCUCACCUGCCACAGGAAACGGCACCAGCUAA